GGAGGAGAUGCCAGACACUGCCCUUAACACGCUCGCGGAAUAACUCGCGCGGGAAACAAAGGCUUGGCUGCUGUUAAGUCAACAGUCGCGCGCUCCAUCCUGAAGCCAUGUGAGAGAUCUGCUGCUGCGAAGGGACGCCAGAACACAUUGACCGUCGGGUUGAGCGCCGCUCCCCGGAAAACAGAGAGCACACGUCCCCGCCAAGAGCCGUAUUUGCAACCCGAGAGAAUAACCGAAUUAGUGCCCAUCAGUAGAUAGUAGUAGCCCAGUCAUAUUGAUCGCCUGUAUCGUUUACGCCUCCGAGCGGGGGUUCGUUUUUUUUCUGAGCGGACGCGAGAGAAACAUUCGCUAUCAAAAGGGAACGGGCUGACCACUGAAAUGUCGGAAGCUUUGUCACAGCAAGAGAGACUUCGGGCCAUUGCUGAGAAGAGAAAGAGGGAGGCUGCGAUUGAGAACAAAAGAAGACAACUUGAGGAUGACCGCAGACAACUCCAGCAUCUCAAGUCAAAGGCAUUGAGAGAGCGAUGGCUGUUGGACGGAGCGCCAUCCAGUGGAGAGGAUGAGGCACAGAAACAACUACAAGAGGAUGAAGCCAAGACCAAACUACUGGAGCAGACCAUCCUCAGACUAGAACAGGAGAUUGAUGAGCUUGAGAGUGGAGAGCCUUUGAAUAAAGGAGAAAAUGCACCUGAUGGUCCAGUGAAGGCAGUAGAGAAUGGCAUACAGCAGCCCAGCCCUAAUGCAGAUCAAAAUAGCAAGAAACAGAUCACAGGCAUUGAGGCCAAACUGCAGUGCACCAACCCUGAUGUAGCCAUUGAGAAUGCCAGCGCAGAGCAUCCCGUCACCAUGGUGUUCAUGGGCUACAAGAAUGUAGAGGAUGAGGCUGAGACCAAGAAGGCACUGGGCAUAGAGGAGACAGUGAAAGCUGAAUUUGUGGUCAUUGAGGAUGGCGAGAGCAAAGCUGGAAACGAAGGGGCCAAAGAGGACCAGGCCCCACCUAACGGCAGCGCCUCCAGUCCCGACAAAGCUCAGGACGAAGCCAAGAAGGAGGAAUCGAAAGAAGGCAAUUCGAAAGAAAAGCAGCCGUGCAAGUGCUGCACAGUCAUGUGAGUGCGACCGCUCACCCUGAAGUUUAGACUCUGACCCCCUGACCAUAACACAACAAUGAAUAAGUAUACCCCGUAUACUUAUAAUUAUCUUUUGUUGUCUAGUAUGUAUUUCUUUUUUAUUUCUAUUAAUA